GUGUUUUCCUACUCUCGUAACUUCUUCAACAUCCUCUUCUAUUCAUAACAGUAUGUCCAUCAAGUCCAUCUGCUGCAUUGGUGCUGGCUACGUUGGCGGACCUACUUGUGCUGUCAUCGCCUACAAGUGCCACGAUAUUAAGGUCACCAUCGUCGAUCUCAAUCAAGCUCGUAUUGAUGCCUGGAACAGCGAUAAGCUACCUAUCUACGAACCAGGAUUGGAGGAAGUAGUCAUGGCAAGACGAGGUAAAAACUUGUUCUUCACCACCGACGUCGAUAAAGGCAUUCAAGAGGCCGACUUGAUCUUCGUCUCUGUCAACACUCCUACCAAGAAGUCCGGUUUGGGCGCUGGUAUGGCUGCUGACUUGGCUUACAUUGAAGCUGCUACUCGUCGCAUUGCUCAAGUUUCCAAGAGCUCCAAGAUCGUUGUGGAAAAGUCAACUGUGCCCUGUAGAACCGCUCAAUCCAUGCGCACUAUUUUGGAUGCCAACUGCACAGAGAACAUCCGAUUUGACAUUUUAUCCAACCCUGAAUUUUUGGCCGAGGGUACAGCUAUCAAGGAUUUGAUGAACCCUGACCGUGUCUUGAUUGGUGCUUUGCAAACACCCGAGGGAAUCAAGGCACAAAACGCUCUUGUCAGUGUUUACAACCAUUGGGUCCCAAUAGACCGCUGCAUCACCACCAACUUGUGGUCUUCCGAACUUUCCAAGUUGGCUGCUAAUGCCAUGUUGGCACAACGCAUUUCCUCCAUCAACGCCCUCUCCGCCAUUUGCGAAGCUACUGGUGCUGAUGUUGAUGAAGUUGCUUAUGCCUGUGGUCGUGACUCACGGUUGGGCUCCAAAUUCCUCAAGGCAUCUGUUGGUUUCGGAGGCAGCUGUUUCCAGAAGGAUAUUUUGAACUUGGUAUAUCUGUCAACGCAGUUGAAUUUACCUGAAGUUGCUGCCUAUUGGAAGCAAGUCGUAGAUAUGAACGAAUAUCAAAAGAAGCGAUUUGUCCAGCGUAUCAUAUCCACUUUGUUCAACACCAUCACCAACAAGAAGAUUGCUGUCCUUGGCUUUGCCUUCAAGAAGGAUACCGGUGACACUCGUGAAUCAGCCGCCAUUACCUUGAUCAAGGACUUUAUUCAAGAACAUGCUCGCGUUGCCAUCUAUGACCCCAAGGUCGAACAUGAGCAAAUCAUGAUGGACUUGACUGAGCCUGGCGUGUUGGACAACCGAAAGCAAGUCGAACAACAUGUUCAAAUUUGCGGCAGUGCUAUGGAGGCUGCCGACGGUGCUGAUGCAUUGAUUAUCUGCACAGAAUGGGAUGAGUUCAAGGAUACAAACCUCGACUAUAGCCAGAUCUACGAGAAAAUGCAUAAGCCUGCUUUCUUGUUCGAUGGUCGUCUCAUUCUUGAUGCUCCUAAGCUUCGAGGCAUGGGAUUCAAAGUCCAGGUCAUCGGUAAGACCGAGCUUGCUGGCACUGCAUAGAUUAAUCAACGUAUAGUCCUUAUAAUAAAAAAGAAGAGUUGGUGUGAGCAGUUUUAUAAAACC